AUGUCAGCUUUGGUGUCCGUGGAUCCGACAGUGUCAUGGCCCGGAAAAAACCUUGAGGUGCAUCUUUACAAGACAAGCUUUGGUGCAUGUGCUGCAUUCCUUGCAAAUUACGACACCUUGUCGUGGGCAAAAGUUCCAUUUGGAAAUGGCCAGUAUGACCUCCCACCCUGGUCUAUUAGUAUCCUUCCUGACUGCAAAACUGAGGUUUUCAACACUGCAAAGGUUGGUGCUCCGAGGUUCCAUAGAAAGAUGACUCCUGUAAACAGCGCGUUUAAUUGGCAGUCGUAUAAUGAACAACCUGCCGCCUCCGGUGGAGAAAGUUCGAUCACAACAGCUGCACUUUUGGAGCAGGUCGGUGUCACUCGCGAUUCGUCAGAUUAUUUGUGGUACAUGACAGAUGUCAACAUUAGUCCUAAUGAAGCUUUCUUAAAGAAUGGCCAAUAUCCUGUUCUUACAGCAAUGUCGGUCGGCCAUGUUCUGCAUGUUUUUGUUAACGGUCAACUUUCAGGAACUGCAUACGGAGGAUUGGAUAAUCCUAAAUUAACAUUUAGCAGUGGUGUGAAGCUAUGGGCUGGCAAUAACAAGAUUUCUCUACUUAGUGUUGCAGUCGAUCUCUCGAAUGUUAGCUUACAUUACGAAACAUGGAAUGUUGGAGUGUUAGGCCCGAUAACGUUAAAGGGUCUAAAUGAGGGGGCAAGAGACUUGUCUAAACAAAAAGAGAAUGUAUAG